AUGAACGGAAGAAGGUGGAAUGUGGGACACGGAGAAGACUAUAAGAGAGAGCAGAGUACCCGGCCAUCGUCCAGUCUUCAUGUUCGGUGUGGUGGAUUAAAGCGACGCACAUGUGAUUCGUUUUUAUAGUCUUUUUUCGGUUGUUCAACUUCGAUCCAACUAGGACUAGGACUAGGAUAGCUGAGGAUAGCUGAGGACCCCGCCUGGAUUGGAAUAUUGUGGCAUUCAAAAUGCAGCUGCGGUUUCAUCUGAUAGCUAGUGUUGUUGUUGUGAGUGUGAUAGCAAUAUCACUGGCGAACUGUGAAAUAGACGACAAGGAUGAUCGUUCAGUGCAAUCAGUGAGGGUGAAGCGGGAGCCUCCCCAUGUGGUGAGGGUGCAGAGGAACCAGAGAAGGCAUCGCAACGCGCCCAUCUCACGCUACGGACCACCCCCGCCCAAAUACGGCCCACCAAAGCAAUCCUAUGGACCACCACAGAGGAAGUACGGGCCACCAGGAAAACCAGCACCCAAGUACGGGCCACCGAAACCCAAAUACGGGCCACCCAAGCCAAAGCCUGUUUAUGGACCACCAAAGCCCAAGUACGGGCCACCCAAACAUAAGCCCAAGCCCAAGUAUGGACCACCCAAGCCAGUCUAUGGGCCACCAAAACCUGUGUAUGGACCUCCAAGGAAGGUAGGCAAGGGAGCAAGCAGACCCAAACCCAAGUAUGGACCACCCAAGCCUCAGUAUGGUCCACCACCUAAGCCUGUAUAUGGACCACCUCCAAAAACCAGUUACGGCCCACCAGCCAAUUCGUACGGAGUACCUCAACACAACACAUUCAAUGACAUCUCAUUUGCUUCUGAUUCGUACACGGCACCUUCAUCCUCAUUCAAAGGCCCCAAACCAAUUCCACUCUCCAACCCAGGCACUUUUGAUGCUUCAUUACAACACAAUAACAACAAUAACAAUUUCCAACAGUACAACAACAACUUCAAUGUCCCAGCCACAAAUUAUGACCAACCUAAACAACAGCAGUCAUCAUAUGUUAUACCAUCAACAAGCUAUGGAGUGCCAACCAACAACUUUGUCUCACCCAACAGCUUCGCACCUCAACAACAGCAGCAACACACUCCUGGCCUUCUCGAAAACCAGCCGGCAGCAACUUCAUACAUGAACAUUUACAAAUCCCAAAACCCAACCAACUCAUACGGCACACCAGUUCCCACUGAUGCUUACGGUGCACCAAUCUAUGGGAAGAACACAGCAAACUUCGAUUCAUACACAGCAGCUGCCUCAAACCAACAACCAUCUUACCACAGCUUGAUGUCACAGCAGCAGCAGCAACAGCAGCAGCAACUCUACCAGGGAAGUCAGGACCAGGAGAACAGCGCUAGUCAGCAGAGUGUGGUGUAUCAAAGGCAACAGCAGGCAGCUGAUGACAUCAUGGUGGCUGCCACACACAGUCAGAUGUAUGGUGCCACACACGACCAGCAGAUGGCUAUGAACAAGCGAGCCAGUGUCUACUCGUACCCACUGACAUCUGCAGGCGACUCCUCAGACAGCAGUUCGACCGUCAUCACCUCCGACCAGAGUUCAAGCUCCUUCCAGGCCCCCAGCCAGACAUUUGGGUUUGUGCCAUACAGUUCUGGAUCCUCACAGUACGACGACCAGAAUGGAACCAAUCCUCCAACAGCAACCGCUGUGCUAACUGCCAGCUACUAUGACUCAGCACAGCAGCCAUCAAGUUCCUCAUCUAUUACCACUUCACUAGCAUCAGGAUCAUCUUCAUCAUCAGUAAGGUCAUCAGCAUCAAUACGAUUUCCAAGCGAUUCUGAAGAGACUGUUUGAGAGUUGAUAUGCUCAUUUGUUUUGGAAAGUCAUACAAUUGAUUAUAAAUGAUGGCAUAAGUUGUAAAGCAAUACUUGGUAGACCAAUAAGUAGCAUCAAUAUAUGUUGAUUAAUGCAUGUUGAAACUCUUCUAAACUAUCAUUUAAAGUAUACAUUUCUAUGAUCAAGACAUUAAUCAAAUUGAAUUGAUGCAAUUUAUAGAGGUUUAUGUAGAGCUAAAGACAAUUCCAAUACUUUAAAUCUCCAUGAUGAGGAGAAAAUAAUUGGUAGUAUAGAUCAGAAGACUUGAAAGAUCAAUACAGUACUAGCGUUAUUUUCAAGAAGGAAAACGUUUUCAAAGCUUACGAUGCCAGUAUAUAUGAAACCAUUAUCGCUCAAGUUAAAAUAACUGUUGAACUUGCAGUGAUUAAUUUAUUUAUUCCUAGCUAAUUAUAAUCAAUUAGUUGUCCAUGUGCAAUCAACCUUUUGUAAAUAGUUUUCUACGUAAUAAAGAUUUCAUAUCCUAUAAAUAUAAAACAUCUUGAACGACUGAAAAUAAAACAUCAACUUACAUUAUUAUUAUUUCUUAAAAAUGUAUUUAUCCUAUGUUCAAGGUAGUUUAGCAUAACGUGUGCUAGUUUGAGCAGUUCCUCUAGUUUGAGUUUUGAGGAUUUUUCUGAUCUCUAGGAAUACCAUAAUACUUGUUGAUAGAAGAGGAUCAUUCUUGAAUCAGAUUUUUAAAUAAAUUCGAAUACAAUAGGUUAGAUGUAUCAGAUUACUGUACUCAGUAAUUACUACUACUCUAUUACAAUUAUUAUUAUUAUUACUUUACAGAAAUCAUAAACUAAUAUUACACUUUUAUUGAAAAUUAAGGAUUCAGUAAGGUAAGAGUUAAAAAUCAAGUACACAUUGAAGUUCAUGAUAAAAUGAGCAUUGAAUAGACUAUAAAUUGUUUGUUUACUUUUUGGCCAAUUUAUAUAAAAAAUAAUGUUAAAAUAAUACCAAUACCGUACGAAAUUGGCUUGCUACUGUCACAAUACUAUUUAUAGAAAACGUUCAAUUUGUGAACGACUGAAGUAUCCUAAUUUAUUGUUGUUAUUGAAUUGUAAAUAUAUUUGAAAUGAAAAAAAUUAUGAAAUAUUUAUAA